AGUUUUACUUUCAUCUUCCUGUAUACUUGCAGGAGAGAGGCAAAAGGGCUCGACAGUACCAGUCUGCAGGGAAGGAGGACCACAUGCCCCAGGGGCAGAUGCGUGGGACCAUAUUAUAGAAGGAGAAUUAAGGAAUGACUUGGUUAUUUUAGCAGUUUGUGAUCUUUAACGCGAUGGAAUGAAAACUGGAAGUUGGAAUUCUACAAGAAGGACAUGGCCAUGGAUGCAGACAGAGAACUCUUGGAAAAGAUCAGUCUGAACGAAUCUGCCUCUAAGAUGGGGGAGGAAAAAGAAAAAGCCUUGGGAAACAGGAACCAUGCUGCACCAUUCCUGAUCUCCAGCCUCCAGGAAGGGACCUCUGUACUGAAUACUUACACAGCAGAGGAGGAGAAGAGCAAAAUACUUCCAAAGAACAAGGGCCAGAUCAUUUUUGAUGACCACACACACCUGAAAUGGGUUGAGUGGGAAGGGUCAGUUCCAAGUGGGGCAGUUUCCAUCUGGAAUGAGGCGGCAUCUCGCACAGACUAUGUCUGUGCAGAGGCAGGAUGUUCUGUUGGGUUUUUCAAUGAAAGCAAAGGUCCAUAUUGUUACUAUUCCAAUGCUGAUCAAGAACAUCGCACCUCAAACUUCAGAAUGUUGGUAAAUGAGAAUAACUUUGAAGUGCUAGAGUGGAAGAAAGAAUCAUAUGGUUCUGUUCCACCAAAGUCAGUUCCAAGCUACCCAGGAGUUAACGUUUUUGUUGGUAGGAAUGGUUAUGGCUUAGGGAAAGUAGUCCCUAGGUUUGAAGCUUUCUUCUUACCUCAUCAUGGCAAAGAGAAGUGCUACAAAGAAUACGAAGUUCUGACUGUUAACACACCCAAGAGACAGCAGAAGUUCAGUAUUUAAUAAAUAAGGCAAAAUUUUCUUACUGGCCAAUUCCAAUCUUAACUUUGUCCAAAAUCCUUAACAAUUUUCAAAAGAUAAAGGAAACCAUGACUAAUCAGCAAAAUUGGAACAUUGGUCACCCAACUUGAAAUGGAGUGAUUUCCACUAUCAGCACAAAAGUUCCCAUUUUCAAUGGGACAUCAGUAUGUUUUUCAUUAGAGAUACUUUUCCAUUGUAUUGGUACCAGUCGUACCAAGCUGCGAAAACAUCCAUCCACCUGUGAAAUGAAAGUCCCCAUCAUUCACAAAUGUGAGGUGGUCAUGAUGGGUACAGAGAUGAGGACUUAUCUCUGUACCUAAACAGCCACACUCAUCCAUACACUUAUCAAACUGGAGAAACUCUUACCACCACCAUUCGGGAAACAUGCACCAACAUCCACAUCUCAGAUGUGAACGCUGAGGUGAGACUGUGCCAGCCCAUAAGAAAUGCUGAACUGUGUCCAAGGGAGUCUGUCGUCCCAGUAUCAGCAAUAUAGAAAAUACUAGCUCUACCUCAGGCUCUCUCUUUCCCCAGAUAUUAAUCUUUCCAUGGAAUUAGUAGAAUAACUUUAUUGUUUAACAUUUUAUUCAGGGUUAUUUUCUUUAGAUACUGAAGGUUGGGACCAAAACCAGAAUACAACCCCCAAGGAACACCUCCGUAUCCAUUAGCCACUUUAUUCUCUGUUCUCAUGCCCCUGCUGCCAUGUAUAAUCUGAACAGCCACAGGAGAGUAAAAAGAUGAUAAACGUUGUGCAUCAGAUUUAUUUUCCUGUUGUUCAGAUGGUUUUUAGCGUGCCCAUCAUUGUCGUAUCUAAGUGCUGCAUAGCUGAAUUAAUUCUGCAUUGUGAGGUCCAUGGUAAGGUUCUGGCAUGGAUCCACAGGGCAAGCUGGCCUCUUUUGUCACGGAUCCACAGGAUCAUGGCUAUGGCCCUGCUUUGGAACAGUCUCUAGGAGAAUCAUAGAAUCAUAGAAUCAUAGAAUAUCAGGGUUGGAAGGGACCUCAGGAGGUCAUCUAGUCCAAACCCCUGCUCAAAGCAGGACCAAUCCCCAAUUAAAUCAUCACAGCCAGGGCUUUGUCAAGCCUGACCUUAAAAACUUCUAAGGAAGGAGAUUCUACCACCUCCCUAGGUAACGCAUUCCAGUGUUUCACCACCCUCCUAGUGAAAAUUUUUUUCCUAAUAUCCAACCUAAACCUCCCCCACUGCAACUUGAGUCCAUUACUCCUUGUCCUGUCCUCUUCUACCACUGAGAAUAGUCUAGAACCAUCCUCUCUGGAACCACCUCUCAGGUAGUUGAAAGCAGCUAUCAAAUCCUCCCUCAUUCUUCUCUUCUGCAGACUAAACAAUCCCAGUUCCCUCAGCCUCUCCUCAUAAGUCAUGUGUUCCAGACGCCUAAUCAUUUUUGUUGCCCUUCGCUGGACUCUCUCCAGUUUAUCCACAUCCUUCUUGUAGUGUGGGGCCCAAAACUGGACACAGUACUCCAGAUGAGGCCUCACCAAUGUCGAAUAGAGGGGAACGAUCACGUCCCUCGAUCUGCUCGCUAUGCCCCUACUUAUACAUCCCAAAAUGUCAUUGGCCUUCUUGGCAACAAGGGCACACUGCUGACUCAUAUCCAGCUUCUCGUCCACUGUCACCCCUAGGUCCUUUUCCGCAGAACUGCUGCCGAGCCAUUCGGUCCCUAGUCUGUAGUGGUGCAUUGGGUUCUUCCGUCCUAAGUGCAGGACCCUGCACUUAUCCUUAUUGAACCUCAUCAGAUUUCUUUUGGCCCAAACCUCCAAUUUGUCUAGGUCCCUCUGUAUCCUAUCCCUGCCCUCCAGCAUAUCUACCACUCCUCCUAGUUUAGUAUCAGCCGCAAAGGAGUAUCCCCUUCAGUGUGUCAGACCCCCUCGGGGUCUCACUCUUCCACCAGGGUCAGCCACACAGCUUCACCACCUCCUUAGACUGGACCUCUGAGCCUUCAGCACCGCUGCUUCACACCCUGAGUUCUGUUCAGUGAGUAAAACUGAGACAGACAGCUGAGGGAGACUUGUCCCCUAUUCAGGCACCUCAUCCAGCAUUUUCAGUGACACUAACACAGCAUUGUCCGAACAGAAGGGUUUAUUAGUCAUCUGGAACACAGCAUAGGAAGUCCUUGGGUUUGCACAGAGAAAUUAAAGCAUAGCCCAGAGCCCACCCAAGGAGUAAUGAACCCCUGGGUUGAAGCUCUGUCUUUCUCUGUCUGACCUCCAUGGCCAGACUCAGGUGAGAGCCCCUGACUGCCUCCAGCAGCCAGCUCUUAUCAUCCACCUCACACCUCUGCAGUCCUUUGUUCUCAAGCUGGGGAAAAGCUACUUGGCUUCCUGCAGAGAGGUGGGCAAUCUAUGGUCACUGGUUGCUGGGUUUCAAUGUCCUAGUGAUCGGAUUUGUAUUGUCUUCAUGGAUUCUCCACUGAUAUGGGGUUACCAGCCAGUCCCUUUCCAAUGACCCAUUUAGUCCCAGACAGCUAGGUGUCUUCAAACCUCCUGAGAUCCCUUCCAACCCUGAUAUUCUAUAUUCUAUUGAAGCAACCUAGCCUUUUGGCUACCUCUCAGACAGCCAGAUCAAAUAUGAAAGUUCUACCAAUCCCAAAGGUUUGGACACAUCACCUCCCAGGUUAAUGAAUAUUCUAGAUCUUACCCAAAUACAAACUUACAGCCAUUCUUAUUAACUAAGCUAGAAUUUAUUAAAAAAAAAAGAGAGAGUAUUGGUUAAAAAGAUCAUUAUCCGUACAGAUAUGACUGUAGUUCUGAGAUCAGUUCCAUAGCAGAGAUGGUGAGCUUUGGAGUUAUAAAGAAUUCUUAGAUUUAGUCCAUAGGUUCAGUCCAAAUACAUUUGAAGACUUCAAUCUUGCAGCUCAAUGCUUCCCCGAUAAAGCAUAAGCGGAUUUGAGAUUAAAAGGAUCAGGACCCAAGGGUCCUUUAUACAGUUCCAGGCCUUCUCUUGACAGCACGGAGUCCUCAGCUGAACAAUAGGCAGUAAUCCCUACUUUGAAGUAGACCUAUUUCCAAAACAUCAUUGGUAAUUAGUUACACAGAUUAACAUCUUCCACUAUUUGCAGGUGAUGUUACUAUAUUUACAGUUCAUUUAAAUGUUAAGAUCUCCUUUUGAUCUCUGAUUUAACAGAAUACAGCAUAGACAGGAACUGUUUAA